UAACGGGCGGAUAUUUUCAAAAUGGAAGAAAUGGCAAAGUUUUGGAGGGGAACAGCAGAACAACACUUAUUUGCCCUCUGAGGACCCUUGUACUGUCUAUAGAUGCACGCAACCGAGCGAGGACCAUUAUUACAAACCCUCAUGCAUUUACAAGGCGAAAACAAGGCACGAUGAGUGUUUCGAUCGGCGAGAAGAUCGAGGAUUUUAAGGUCCUCACCCUCCUGGGGAAAGGCUCCUUUGCAUGUGUUUACCGGGCAAAAUCAGUGAAGACGGGCCUGGAGGUUGCUAUUAAAACAAUUGACAAAAAAGCAAUGCACAAAGCUGGUAUGGUCCAGCGUGUGACAAACGAGGUGGAAAUUCAGUGCCGUUUGAAACAUCCUUCAAUACUUGAGCUGUACAACUACUUUGAGGACAGCAACUAUGUGUACUUGGUGUUGGAAAUGUGCCACAAUGGAGAGAUGAGUCGGUACCUUAAAGAGCGGAAGAUGCCUUUCUCUGAGGAUGAAGCAAGACAUUUCAUGCAUCAAAUAGUGAAAGGAAUGCUGUAUUUACAUACUCACGGCAUCUUGCAUCGAGAUCUGACCUUGUCAAACCUUUUGCUGACCAGCAACAUGAACAUUAAGAUAGCAGACUUUGGCCUGGCCACUCAGCUCAAACUCCCGAAUGAAAAGCACUUCACCAUGUGCGGGACACCCAACUACAUCUCCCCUGAGGUGGCCACCCGCAGUGCUCAUGGCCUGGAAUCAGAUGUGUGGUCACUGGGGUGCAUGUUCUACGCCUUCCUGAUGGGUCGUCCCCCAUUUGACACAGACACAGUCAGGCACACCCUGUCUAAGGUGGUUCUUGGUGAAUAUGAGAUGCCUAGCCAUGUUUCUCUAGAGGCGCAGGACCUGAUCCAUCAGCUGCUGCAGAAGGACCCCGCCCAACGGCCCAGCCUCUCUGCUGUACUGGACCACCCGUUUAUGACCCAGAGCUUGCUGGUCAGGACCAAGGAGCUGGGGUUGGGGGAUGAAGGAUCCAUGGACAGCGGCAUUGCCACUAUCUCCACAGCCUGCACCUCCUCCACCUCAGCAGGCAGCAGCAGCCGCCUGCAGAGGAGAACCAGGCACAUGAUUGGCUCUGCCCUGCCUAACCGCAUGGCGCCUGUUCCAAGUCUUCCACGUCAACACAGCAGCGCCUGUUUUGAGGACGGAGACCAGUGGCGGCAGCAGCAGCAGCAGCAGCAGCAUCUGGCGGACAGAUUUCACAGAGAGGGCAGGGGGGUUCAUGGUGGAGAAAGUGGACAGCCUCAUUCUCGCUACCUGAGGAGGGCUCACUCUUCAGAUCGCUCCGGCUCUUCUGCAUCAGGCCAGGGGCCGAGUCACGCCGAGCUGGGGAGAUGCCACUCAGAGGAGACUCUGACUGGUUUAGGAAGACCGGUCUUCCCCAUGUCCUCCACUCAGCACCCGUUUCCAGAGUGUGGAAGGCUCCCCUCCCCUCCCGUCAAACAGUCAUCAAAUUGUGGGUAUUCAUUAUCCACACAGACUGCACAUCCACCAAGCUUGCAAUUUCAAGACCUGGAGGGAGUUACUAAUUGGCUCAAUAAUGAAGCUUCAGGGCACAGGCCCACAGACAGCAGCACUCACAGCAGCAGCGGCAGCUUCCACAGCAGCAGAGGACCUUUAGGGGUUCACAAUUCCUGGACGGACAAGCCCAUGGGCCGAGCUCUGAACCAGCACCACAUGCACCACAGCCUUCCCUCCAACUCUGACUCAUACAGGGAAAAUGUACCCGGAGCAGAGUUCCAGACUCCUCACGGGAGAGAGUUAAAGCUCCCUUCAGCCAAGCCCACUGUGGAUAAGGAAAAGAAAACGUUGAGACACAUAGUCCCGCCCCUGUGCGCGUCCAGACUGAAACCUAUCAGACAGAAGACCAAAAAUGCUGUUGUGAGCAUCCUAGACACAAGUGAAGUGUGUAUGGAGUUGUUAAAAUGCCACAAUGGUCAAGAGAGGGUCAAAGAAGUCCUUCGGAUUUCCUGUGAUGGUUCAAUGGUGACGAUAUACCAGCCUAAUGGUGGAAAGGGUUUUCCUGUCCUGGACUGUCCUCCUGCUCCUCCAGAAGACAUUCUGAUUUGUAGCUACGAGGACCUUCCAGAAAAAUAUUGGAAGAAGUACCAAUACGCCUCCAAGUUUGUGCAGCUUGUUAAAUCCAAGACCCCAAAAGUGACCCUUUACACCAAGCAUGCAAAGGUCAUGCUGAUGGAGAACUCCCCGAACGCAGACCUGGAAGUUAACUUUUAUGAUGGAGCAAAGACCCACAAGACGUCUGAGCUGGUGCGGGUGGUAGAGAAGAGCGGGAAGUCAUACACGGUGAAGGGCGAGGUGGGGUUGAGCGGCCUGAGCCAAGAGAGCAGGCUGUACGUGGAGCUGUCGGAUGAAGGCCACAGCAUGUGUCUGUCCCUGGAGGCCGCCAUCACAGCAGAGGAGCUACGCAGCACCAAAAAUGUCCAUUUCUUCCCCAUAACUAUCGGCAGGAGACCUGUCAACCCGGAGUCCCCAUGCUCAUCGUCCCUGCCCUCCCAUCCGGUGCCUCCUGAAACGGCAUCACCUCCUCAACCUCCACAAAUCACUCCUUCAAUGAUCUCCUAUGAUGGGUCUGAUUUCACCACAGCCAGUCUGGGUAAGAAGGGCUCCCCAGUGCGACAGGACCUGGUACAGAACACAGGAAAAGUGGUUAAGUCGAUAUUUGUACCCAAUGUUGGAUGGGCAUCCCAGAUCUCUGUUUUUGUAUCCAUAGCUGACGAGUGGCGAGGUGUGGGUGCAGUUCAACGACGGGUCUCAGCUGGUGGUUCAGGCAGGAGUCUCCUGCAUUACCUACACUUCUCCAGAGGGGAAGCUCACCAGGUAUAAGGAGAACGAGAAGUUGCCAGAACACGUCAAGGAGAAGCUACACUGUCUCUCCACCAUCCUGGGACUGUUGGCCAACCCAACAGCACAUCAUCUACAACCUCAUUAACACCUCAUGGUUAAAAACCCCCCAUCAAAAGUAGCAUUAGAAACCUGUAUACUGUGUUUUGUCUAGUCUUGUAUGUAUAUAUGUAUGUGUUGUUUUUUUUACAUGUACAGAAGUCUUAAGAUUAUGAAAAGAUAUAUUUUUAUUUUGACAAGUUAACAUUUUGUAUAGAGUCUGAGUUGGCCUUGUUGAAAACAUUUGCGUCAUGUGUCCGUUUUUUUUUUUUUUUUUACUGUGUCUCCAAUUCUAUGAAAUGUGAUUCAUAAAUGCUGAGAGAGAAUCAAUAAACAUCCGGAGGCUGGGUGGAGAAAUGCUGCACCUCGUUUUACAGUCGACA